CCCCUGCACAGUUCAUGGCUGCUAACGAUGGCGCGAGCAGCCCAACAGCCAACCCCAAUGCCUCUGUCACCAGCCUUGGUACCGCCCUCACCGCGAAGACAAACAGCCUGCAGAGCCAGCUUCGCGGAACUUCUACCAGAAGAUCUGUGGUAACCUCCCCGCCUUGGGCACGCAACGAGCCUCCGUCACCUACAGAGCAAACCUUGCUUUCGACCAGCGACCUUACCCGACCCCGGGCAUCCGACGUUGGGACGAGUCGUACCGCAUCCCCGGGACCCCCUCCAGAAUCUGCCAACUCACUAUGGCAGACAUUCGCGCACGCAGACGGUCGACCGCCCCCACCUCCGCCGCCGGCGGCAACCGUCAACACGCAACUGCAACCCCCUCAGAUGAGGAACAUAGGAUGGGCGUUGAAAGAACGUUCCAAAUCCUGGCUUACUCCGGCCAAUCGGAGGUCGCAGGACGGAGCUACUGAGACAAAGCCUGCAGAUGCAGGCAACACCGUGUUUCCCCGGCCACCACGUCAGAACGCUCGUGGCCUUACCCUGGAACUUCCACCUCCCCAAGAGAACCUUUUCACCCUCCAUCAUAACCAUACCCCUGGAUGGGCGUCCCCGUGGUCGGCUCGUCCGCACCCUCUUUUUCCCGUUGGCAAUGGCUACGAACCAUCGGAUCAUGCUAAUUCAGCCGAUGAAACCGAGGUGACAGGUCCCAACGAGAAAUCAACGGACUGGAAGAGCAGGAGGAAGAGAUGGCGACGCUUCUUCCUCACCAAUAAUUAUGUGCCUCUUCUCUUCCGCGUGAUCAACAUUGCUUUCACUACGGCUGCUUUGGCCAUGGCCAUCCGAAUACGAGAGACGGAAAUGCAUCAUCACGUUAUGGGAGCAGUCGGGAGCUCGCCAACUCUUGUCAUUAUAUUUGCCCCUUUGACUUUAGUGCACGUUAUGUCCGCUAUCUACCUGGAAUAUCUUGGACGGCCACUCGGUUUAUGGCGAACAUCUGCCAAGUUGGCACAUACACUAUUCGAGGUCGUCUUCAUCUGCGCGUGGUCCGCUGCCCUGUCCCUUUCCUUCGACAAUUUCUUCACAUCUCUCAUUCCUUGCGCCUCCCCAUCCCGGAUCUCAUGGUACAAUGAAUUGAACCGCCCCAGCAAUAUCCCCGGCCUCGGUCGCGGGCAUGGCGGCGUCGGCGACAACAUAUGCGAUGACCAAGUCAUCCUCAUUUGCCUGGUCGGCGUCGGGUUGAUCAUGUAUUGCAUCAACCUGGUUAUCAGCCUCUUCCGCAUCUUCGAGAAGGUCAAAUACCAUCCCGCGGUUUCCUCUCGACCAUGAUCCACGUAGACAUAGUUCCGCGGAUUUGUGCUCCCACCCCCUGGACCCUGCUUGACAGGCGGGUUCGUUUAUAUAUAUAUCACACCGGACAAGCCAUCCCAGAAAUACC